GGUCAGCAAGCAAACUGUGGCAUGAGCAAGGCUGGGUCUGUCAUUUUGGGACCCGUGGACGGGGAAGAGCCUCUUGUCCAAGGCUUCGAUCUAUGAUCCACCGGCCAACCGGCGGGUAGAUUGAGAUGGAUGUAGACAGUAUGGGACAUGAACAUACCUGGACGGCGAGGGUAGGCUUUUCGUCGAGCAAUCAGCAAGAGGGAAGCCUCGCGCCCGCGAGGAAGCUCCAAGCGUGGGAGGUAAGUCUCGAAGAUGGCUACCCUGUUGUCCAGGCGCUGUGAGACCAGCGGUACCAAAUGGGGCGGAAAUGCGAAGUACGCGAUACAGGAGAGAUGCAGGCGACGGGAGAAGGGGGGAGACACACGAGGUGUGCCAGAAAUGACGAGUUGAAUGGAAAGGAGGAGGCAGCGGUGCAGCCAACAAAUGAAGUUCACCAGCCAGGAGAACAGGAGGGUGAAAGAGGUAGAAAAUGUGGGCGUGAAAGGAGUAAAGGAAGAAGAGGGAGAGGGAGAGAGAGAGAAGGAGCACCAAGAGGAGGCGGCAAAAAGGGAAGGCCGGCCGUCGACAAAAGGCACUCGAGGUUUCACCACCCGCGGCUCCCAAGGGGCGCGUGGCUCUCUGUCAGUGAUAUGCAAGCAAUGAGGGUUUGUUCUCGAAGGAGGGGGGAGAAGAAGAAGGUGACGAAAUUAAUUCGAAGUACAUCAAGCCUCCCGAUCCCAUCGAUGCGCGACCAUCACUUCCCAAAGACAACCCUAGACCACGCAGCCCUCACUUGAGACCGUGGAAGAGAACCCCUGGGGUUGUUGUCGACCAGUUUGAAUCCCAUUGGGUGGAUGCGAUAUAACAUCAAACCCUGGUGGGUUUGGUAAGAGUGGAUGGAAUGGCCCCCGGGCAGUGCAUCUGUACUAGGUACUACUUAGGUUGUAGUACUACCUAUAGGUACUAGAUAGUAGU